AUGGCGACAGCAGCAAGUGCAGCUGCCGAAAGCGACGGGAGCCUAAGCAGUGAGGAGAGCUUCACAGAGCCCGAAGAGGGAUGGGUGGGACGUCUUGGCGUGCCUGUGGCCAUGGUAGGGGACCCGUGCGAGGAGGUGAUGCUGCUGUGGGGUUUGCGCGACCCGUUCACUGCUCGCAUGGGCUGCUUCGUGGAUCAAGGCGCCACCAGCGUGCGCAUCGAAGCCUGCGGACAAGUCCUCGACAUUUUCCAGUCGCCCUCCUGCCUCGCAGGCGUGACAGGAUCGGUGCUGUGGGACAGCGGCGUGGUGCUGGCGAAGGCGCUGGAGCACCUGGCGGACUCGGCGCGCUUACCCAUUCGGGGUGCUAGCAUUGUGGCGGCACUUCUAGGAGCAUCACACGUGCACAUCACGGACCAGUAUGACCGCCUGCGCCUGCUGCACCGUAACGUCUGUCACAACCUGCUGCCCUCGCACCCCCUCUCUGCCCCCUCCUCCUCCCUCAACUCCUCCACCUCUUCUUCCUCCUCGUUCAUUCUACAUGGAUCGGCCUCUUCUGCCCGCCACUCAUCGGCCAAGAAGGCUCCGGCGGGUAGUGCCUCCGGUGGUGGCGGUGGUGGUGUGGGGGGAAAGCGCAGAGGGGGAGCGGGGAAGGCAGGCUCAGCAGCAGCAGGAACAACUGGGCAAAGAGCGUCGGUUGGUGAUGGGGGGAUGGGGGGAGGAGGGGGGGACAGUGGGGCGUGGCCGGAGGUGGUAGAGGUGUGCCAUGGGAGGAAAGGCGAGGAGACGCGGGUGAGAGUGAGGGUGUUUGAGCUGGAGUGGGGGGAGGACAUGGCGCUUCCAGGAUUCGACGGUGAGGAGGAGGAGGAGGAGGAGGAGGAGGAGAAUGACACCGACGGGAGCGGCGAGGAUGAGGCGGAUGAUGAGGAGGAGGAGGAUGAGGAGGAUGGGGGUGAGGAGGAGGGUGGGGGCGGUCGGGGGAGGGAAUUGCGGGAGCAGGAGCAAGAGAGGAGAGGGGCGCGGAGGGGGUAUGACUAUGUGGUGGCGUCGGAUGUGGUGUUCAGUGAGGAGGGUGUGGAGGUGCUCCUGCAGGCGCUGGGGCAGCUCGUGCGCGUGCACACCACUGUGCUCAUCGCAGGCGAGCUCAGGAACGACGAGGUAUUGCAACUCUUUCUGGAGCGCGCACAGGCGCGCUUCACAGUGGGCAGGCUGUUAGACAGGCACCUGCACCCAGACUUCAUCAGUCGCCGGGUUGUUGUCUACUGCCUCGCUCGCAAACGCAGGCGGCAUGUCACAGGGAGUGACGGCCGCUGA